UUAAAUAGUAGCCUCUAGUAAUGAUGAAAUAAAAAUUCUACAACAAAACCUCUCAUAUAUAUUUUAAGCAACUCUCACCCCAAUCAACACUCUUCUUCGUCUACUUCUUCAUCUUCUUCUUAAGCGUCUGUCAAUGGCAUGUUAUAUUACAAUAAUCACGGUAUUUUUGGUCCUGAAGUUAGUUGAAGGUGCACCUCAAGUGCCUUGUUAUUUCAUUUUUGGGGACUCGUUACUUGAUAAUGGCAACAACAAUGACAUUAACACAGCAGCAAGAGCUAAUUAUCUACCUUAUGGAGUUGACUUCCCCGACGGUCCAACUGGUCGAUUCACCAAUGGCAGGAAUAUGGCAGAUUUGCUAGCGGAACACCUUGGUUUUGAUAACUACAUUCCACCUUAUGCUGCUGGUGCAACGGGGGAUGAGAUCUUGCAAGGUGUGAACUAUGCAUCUGGUUCAGCUGGAAUUCGCAACGAUACAGGAAAUCACCUU